AUCAGCUGUUUGCUGUGAAUGUGCGUCGUUUAUUGAAUAGGGGUGUGCAGGGUGUAGUUUUUGACAGCUGCGCGUGGUGUUGACGUGUUGAUUUGUGGGUGGGUCGAAAGGGGUAACUUUCCCAGCUGAAAAAACAGAACGUCGUGAACAAUUGCACGUACUUGGCAAGUUUCAGUGGGUCACCUUCGCGGGAUGUAUCUGAGGGAUUUGUGCAAUCCCGUCGAAAGUUUCACCAUCCCCAAGAAGAAAACCAAUUCCGCACCCAGCACUUGUGAUCUAACAUCAUCCGCCAGACAAAACGGCGGUGUCUGUAUAGCUGCCAAACAGCCGAAUAACGUGAAUCGCGUCUUGUUUACUGCUUGCCGCAUAUUUCCGGCCCUUAUUUACUACAACUGAAACCCAAAACAAUCAACAAACGGUCCGGGUUGGUUUUGGAAAAGUCUGUCCAUUCUGUAUCGUAAACAUUAGCGCGCUGCUGCUGUGCGCCGGAUUGGUACACUUCGGGGCACAUCAAGACGAAACAAAAAAACAAACGUAACAAGUAGCAAGCGAAAUCUCAGUGUCAAUGGCACCGUGGCGAAAACAUUCCGUCGGCCGGGUGUCUCGGCCACAGUUCCAGUGGAUCGUCAUUUGUUUUGGGGUGUUGCUUAGCUUCGCUAAUAAUUCGAGCGGAUAUUUCUACAGCGAUAGUAGUGCGGAGGCGAGCAACGAUCGGUUCUGUUUCUGUCAGCUUCAAGGGACGAUCGAUGAUUGCAGCUGUAGUGUGGAUACGGUGGAUUAUUACAACAAUGUAAAAAUCUAUCCACGGCUGAAGAGUUUGCUGGUAAAAGACUUCUUUCGCUACUACAAGGUGCACCUGAACAAAGAUUGCCCGUUCUGGGUCGACGACAGCAAGUGUGCAAUGCGGUUUUGUCAUGUGGAACACUGCGAGGAGAAAGAUAUCCCACCGGGGCUGAAGGGUGACGCGUCGUCUUAUCAUAAGUACAUAAAAGAGGUGCAAACUUUGACGAACUGCAACGAAGACUUGGACGUAGAGCUGGGCUACCUCAACACAAGCAUCAGCGAUAAAGCGCACAAAGAGUUCCAGAGAUGGGCGGACUAUGACGAAGCGCAAGAUAAUUUCUGCAUUCUGGACGAUCACGAGCCCGGCGCAGAGUACGUGGAUCUAUUGCUGAACCCGGAACGCUACACUGGGUAUCGGGGUGAAUCAGCGCGACGCAUUUGGAGCAGCAUCUAUCUAGAAAACUGUUUCCAAGCACAUUCUGUCAAAAAGAAAAAUGCUUAUUCGGCCAUGAUUCCCUACCAAGAUAUGGCCCGCAACGAGGUGUGUCUGGAGCAUCGCGUGUUUUAUCGUAUGAUUUCCGGCCUGCACUCGAGCAUCAACAUUCAUCUCUGUGCCAACUAUCUGCUGUCGGAGAAGGGUUCACUUGGUUUCAUGGCACCUACCGGCGUAUGGGGCCCGAACAUGGAAGAGUUUGAACGUCGCUUUAGUCCCCACAUGACCGAUAACGAAGGAUCGCACUGGUUGAGAAACCUUUACUUCGCUUACCUGGUGGAACUGCGAGCAUUAGCCAAAGCGGCACCGUACUUAAGAAACGAAGAAUAUUUCACCGGUCUGGAGAAGGAUGAUCGUGAGGUAAAAACGGCGGUCAAGGAUCUGCUCACCGUUAUUGAAGGAUUCCCGUCACACUUCAACGAAACUGCCAUGUUCAGCGGUGGCACCUCGUCGAUCAAGAUAAAGCACGAGUUUCGGGAAAAGUUUAUGAACAUUUCCAAAAUUAUGGAUUGUGUCGGGUGCGAUAAGUGCCGGCUGUGGGGAAAGUUGCAGGUGCAAGGUAUGGGAACGGCACUGAAAAUUCUGUUCUCCGGCAAGUUUGACGACAAGAUAGAUGAAGGAUUCGAUACUAGGCUGAAGCAGCAGUCGCCAUCGUUGAGGUUGAAGCGCGGUGAAAUAGUGGCUCUGUUUAACGCAUUCGGAAGGCUUUCGACGAGCAUACACGAGCUGGAAGAGUUUCGACAACGAAUGCGAUGAGCGUGCGAGCGUAGAAACGUUUUAUCCCUGCAAAAGACUAAACCCGUACCCGGUGCAACAACCUUGUGAUGAAACUCGACUUGUAAUCCCAAAUCUGAUACAGUGAUUUCCGGUGGUUCGUUUUACGAUAAGGCUCUGGAACUGUACUUGUUAAAAUAGUUGGCAGCGUCAAUCGAUUGUUUAGUGUUUUUAAAGUGUGUGGUUUGUGUUUUUGUUUUUUUUUUUUGUAUAAUGAAAUUACCUGUACUCCACAACUAACGAGAGUACAGUAUGUGUACUGAUCUUGAAGAUCACAACUGAUAUUUACUGUGUAGCAGCAGUGUACUGCCGACAAAUCAUCGAACGAGAUUGUACAGUUGUUCUAGGUGUAUACAGUUGCACAGCAGUAGUAGCAUACGGUGCAACAUUACGGAAGAUCCGUACGUUUCCUACUAACUUAUACCACUAGUUUGAUGUGCGUGCCCCCCACGAUGGAUAUAUGUAAAUUAUAUCGGUCAAUAUAUACAAUCAUAUUUAUCAGUCUUGUAAAUAAAGGAGAGGAAAGCUAGCGCACUGGGGCUAACGAAUUAAA